AUGUCGACACACGCAGGAGCUGCGCUCGUUUCUUCACGCCUGGUUGCUGGACGACUGCUCACUAAGAAAGAUGCCGGCCUCGGGGCCUUUACGUUGAAGGCUCAACGAGAGGGACCGAUUUUUUAUCCCAGGAUGCUUCCAGAUGCUGCCGGGUUCAACUACGAGAGUAACGCCACGGGAGACAAGGUUGUGACUCGACUAGACAACUGCGGUUGCGCCGAAUGCAUAAACCCCGUCACAAGGCAAAGAAGCUUCGAUAUUCUUGCGCAUUCAAGGCUUGUUGAGCCGAGGCAGGUCCUGCCGAGCGUGGACGGGUUUGAAGUCUUGUGGUCCGACCGUCAUAGGAGCAAGUAUACGUGGAACUGGCUUCAAUCGGCCAUGCCCGGUGGCAAGCACCCGUUUUCCGGCGACGUAGUACAGAGACUGUGGAACCGCAGACUCAUUUAUGAGGAACCGCCAGAGGUCAAAUUCAAGUCGGUCAUGAGAACGGACAGCCUGCAAGGAAUUGCAGAACUCACCAACAAGAUUCGCGAACAUGGAUUUUGCUUCGUCGUCAACACACCCGUGACGCCGGAGGACACCCAGAGUCUUCUCGAGCGCAUCGGGCCCAUCCGGAACACGCAUUAUGGCGGUUUCUGGGACUUCACCCCUAACAUGGCCAAGGCAGACAUGGCAUACUCCAACGCUGCCCUCGACGUGCACACGGACACGACCUACUUCUCCGACCCGGCAGGCCUCCAGGCGUUCCACUUGCUCUCUCAUACAGGGCCCAAUGGCGAGGAGAUGCGCCUGCACGAGCGGGGCGGCCAGUCAAUCCUCGUUGACGGAUUCUACGCGGCGCACCGGCUUCGACUGGAACGAAGAGACCAUUACGAAACCUUGCAAACGGUCAACCUCCCUUGGCAUGCCAGCGGUAACCAGGAUGUUGCAAUGGCGCCUGCCCGGCCGUACCCUGUCAUCGAGGGGCACGGCAAGACGGUCUUUCGAAUUCGUUGGAACAAGGACGACCGAGGCAGUCUCCCGCUCAAAGUCAAUACAAAAUGGUGGUACAACGCCGCGCGGGAAUGGGACACUAUUGUGAACCGGCAGGAGAACCAGUACGAGUUUCUGCUAGAGCCGGGCCGCGUGUUGAUAUUCGAUAACUGGCGAAUCUUGCAUGGGAGGCGAGAAUUCUGGGGACUGAGGCGAAUCUGCGGUGGAUACAUCAACCGAGACGACUUCAUAUCGCGUUGGAAGCUGUCCAACUUUCCGAGGGAAGAAGUCAUUGCGGCCAACAUGAUAGCUGCGUGA